UCGUGGAGCAAUCACAGGGCAACUGAGGCAGGACCUGCUGGGAAACCUUUGUGCCCUCGGUGAGGAUUAAUGUUGCUGAUGCAGCGGGUCUCCAGCUGUGGCCAGAGCAAAUUGACUUUUGACCCUCGGCAGCCGCCGUCCUCAGUGCGGCGCGCCCUUGGCUGGGACAGGACUGGCUCAGCCCUGUCCCAGGUGACCCCUGACCGGGGCGCUCGGAACAGUGGGCCAGAGGUCACAUAUGUUUUUUGCAACCUACAAGGCAGACCAUGAAGUUGAAGGAACUUGAGAAGCCAGCUGUCCAAGCAUGGAGCUCAGCCAGGCAGUACCCUGUGUAUCUGGCCACAGGAACAUCUGCUCAGCAACUAGAUGCCUCCUUUAGCACAAAUGCCACCCUGGAAAUAUUUGAGGUUGACUUCAGGGAUCCUUCUCUGGACUUGAAACGCAAAGGAAUUCUUUCUGUCUCCAGCAGGUUUCACAAGCUAGUCUGGGGAGGCCUUGGCAGUGGGCUUCCGGAAAACUCUGGGGUUAUUGCUGGUGGAGGAGACAGCGGCGUGCUUACCCUAUACAAUGUGACCCACAUCCUUUCUUCAGGGAAGGAGCCCUUGAUUGCCCAGAAGCAGAAGCACACGGGAGCUGUUAGAGCCUUGGACUUCAAUCCCUUCCAGAGCAAUCUCCUGGCCUCAGGAGCCAGCGAUUCUGAAAUCUUCAUUUGGGAUUUGAACCACCUGACUGUUCCAAUGACACCUGGAUCCAAGUCACAGAGCCCCCCAGAGGACAUUAAAGCGCUGUCUUGGAACCGCCAAGUCCAGCACAUUCUGUCUUCCGCUCACCCCAGCGGCAAGGCAGUUGUGUGGGAUCUCAGGAAGAACGAGCCCAUCAUCAGAGUCAGCGACCACAGCAGCAGGAUGAACUGCUCAGGCCUGGCCUGGAACCCAGACAUAGCCACCCAGUUAGUGCUGUGCUCGGAAGAUGACAGGCUCCCAGUGAUUCAGCUGUGGGACCUGCGCUUUGCCUCCUCACCCCUGAAGGCGCUGGAGAGCCACAGCAGGGGCAUCUUGUCCAUGUCCUGGAACCAGGCUGAUGCUGAACUGCUGCUUAGCACUGCCAAAGACAACCAAAUUUUUUGCUGGAACCUGUCAAGCAGUAAGGUGGUCUACAAGCUCCCCACACGGAGCAGCUGGUGCUUUGACGUUCAGUGGUGUCCUCAGAGCCCUCCCGUGUUCUCUGCUGCCUCCUUCGAUGGCUGGAUUAGUUUGUACUCUGUGAUGGGUAGGAGCUGGGAAGCCCAGCAUAUGAGGCAGGCUGACAAGGUGCCUGAGCAGGUGGCCCAAGCAUCGCUAAUCCCUCCCUUGAAGAAGCCUCCCAAGUGGAUGAGAAGGCCGGCAGGCGGUUCAUUUGCUUUUGGGGGAAAGUUAGUUACUUUUGGCCUUCCCAGCAUCCCUGUCCAGCCAGGGGCACAGCCUUGUCCCCGCCCUGUCUUCAUCAGUCAAGUCAUCACAGAGUCAGAAUUCCUGACUCGGUCAGCUGUGCUACAGGAGGCCUUGGCAUCCGGAAAUCUCCAUAAUUAUUGUCAGAGCAAGAUUCAGAAAGCUUCCCUGUCAUGCGAGAAGAUGCUCUGGCAGUUUCUGAAGGUGACCUUAGAGCACGAUUCCAGGCCGAAAUUCCUCAAGCUGUUAGGUUACAGCAGAGAUGAGCUUCAGAAGAAGGUGGACACAUGCCUGAAGAGUGACUCAAAAUCACAGGAAAGCCCUCAGCUUGAGGCAGUUGACCUCAAAAGUGACAGAGCGCACAGCCCUUGCACCCAGGCCUCCAAACACACUGCCAAGGAAGCCUCUGCAUCCUCAGCCUUCUUCGAUGAGCUGAUACCUCAGAGCAUGACUCCCUGGGAGAUCCCCACCACAGAAGACACUGAUGGACUCCUGAGCCAGGCCCUGCUGCUCGGGGAACUGCGGUGUGCUGUGGAGCUGUGUUUGAAGGAGGAACGCUUUGCUGAUGCCAUCCUCCUGGCUCAGGCCGGAGAUGCAGAGCUGCUCAAGUGGACACAAGAACGCUACCUGGCCAAGAGGAGAACCAGAACCUCCUCGCUUCUAGCCUGUGUUGUAAAGAAGAACUGGAAGGACCUGGUAUAUGCCUGUAGCCUGAAGAACUGGAGAGAGGUGUUGGCCUUGCUGCUGACAUAUUCAGGGCCAGAGAAGUUCCCUGAACUCUGUGACAUGCUGGGAACUCACAUGGAGCAGGAGGGAGGCAGGGCCCUCACCUCUGAAGCCAGACUCUGCUAUGUGUGCUCAGGGAGUGUGGAGCGGCUGGUAGAGAACUGGGCCAAAUUCCAGCAAGCCUCAAGCCCCACGGCUCUGCAGGAGCUAAUGGAGCAGGUGAUGGUCCUCAGGGGGAGCCUGGAGCUCCUUCAGGGUUCUAACAAGAUGAGCCCAGGUCCUGCCACAACACACAGGCUCACCCAGUAUGCCAGUCUCCUGGCGGCCCAGGGCAGCCUGGCCAUUGCCAUGGGCUUCCUACCCAGUGACUGUAUCCAGCCAGCAGUUCAGCAGCUGAGAGACCGUCUCUUCCAUGCCCAAGGUUCUACCGUCCUGGGCCAACAGGCUCCAGCCUUCCCGUUCCCCCGAGUUGCUGUAGGAGCUGCCCUCCCCUCAAAAGAGACAUCCUCAUACAGGAUGGGAUCCCAGCCUCCUGGACAGGUCCCAGCUCCAUCUGUGAGGCUGAGGGCCACAGCUCAGCCGUCACUGGUGAUGCCCUUCAUCUCCCCCCAUCCCAGCCCUUCUCAGGGCUCAUGGACACAGUCAUCAGGUGACUGCCGGGUCCCUGGGCCCCAGGCAACCCUGCCUGUGCAUCUUGUCCCUGGAGUAAGGCCUGCUUCAUCUGGGCCCCAGCCGUCCAGAGGACCAAGUGUUCCAGCCGUAAACCCAGCUGGAUUCUGGGGAGCGUGGCCUCUUCCUGGCCCUGCUCCAGUCAUGGCGUCCCCAGACAUCAUGCAGCCUGGCUCUACCCACCUGCCUGAAACUCCCAGACUCCUCCCUCUGCCCCCUGUGGGACCUCCAGGUCCCCGCCCUCUGAGCUCCCAGCCCUCAGCCUCUCCUGUCACUUUCUCUAUGGCUCACCCUGCUGGGGGCCCAGGAGCACCGUGCACUGGUGCCCUCCCGAGUCCUGCCAUCUUGGCCACUCAUCCAGGAUCCCAGGAUGCCUGGAACAUUGCCUCUCAGGGAAACCUCCAAAAGAAAAAGUUGCCUGAGACAUUUCUGCCUCCAGCCCCAAUUACAGCUCCACUUAGGAGCCUUGGCCCUGAGCCACAACAGGCCCUGCUGCCACAGCCCCUGGUCUCCAGUGAGAGCCUGCCUCCUCCUGGAGCCCCAAGAGAAUGCAGCCUGCAGCAACUCCAGCCACUCUCUCCCGAGAAGAUGAAGAAGGAGCUGCCUCCAGAGCAUCGGUGUGUGAAGGACAGCUUUGAGGCACUCCUUCAGCGCUGUUCCCUGACCGCCACUGACCUAAAAACCAAAAGGAAGCUGGAUGAGGUAGCCCACCGUCUAGAAUGUCUGUAUGAGAAGCUUUGCGAGGGGGCGCUCUCACCCCACGUCCUGGCUGGGCUCCACGAAGUUGCCCGAUGUGUGGAUGCAGGAAGCUUUGAGCAGGGCCUGGCGGUGCAUGCCCAGGUGGCGAGCUGCAGCAGCUUCAGCGAGGUAUCCAGCUUCAUGCCUGUCCUGAAGGCUCUCCUCACCAUCGCACACAAGCUGCAGGGCUAAGUCAGGAGUCUCUUCUCCCAGGAGGCCACCCCUGCUAUUAUUUAAUGUGUGGCAGAAAGGGACGGGGGAGGUAUUCAACAGAGUGUGUAUUUCCCCAGUCUCUUCCCUUGCUGCCAGGUAUGUGAUGCUGGGGCUUGGUCCCACCUCAGCUGAGUGUCUCCAUCUUAUUCCUCUAUGCCUGGCCACCUGGGACUCGCCCUGAGUGUUUUCACCUGAGAGGUGAUGCUCAGAGUUCGAUCUUACUUUCUCUGAUGUAGCAGUCCAGCAGGGUGUGCACCAGAAUGUCUGACACAGGAUAUUCUGUUCAGAUGGCUUCCGAGAGAAUGAACAGCAUUAUUAGUCAGUCUACCUCUGCCAUGACAUCUUAUAGGCCUUCUGUUUUCUCUCUUCUGGAGUUUGAGUCUGACUGUACUUUCUCUCUACCUCUGUCUUCCUAUUUUAAGGUCCAUAUUCUAUUGUGGCCCCAGGGAUUUGGGGAGAAUUGGUUGAUGUUCACUUUUUGAACAAGUCAUGGACAUAAGGUAUUGAACAAAAUCAAGAGAGAAAACUGAACCUUUAAAAAAAUGGAACUUUUUACCAGUGGUGGUGGCACAGGCCUUUAGUUCCAGCACUUGGGAGGCAGAGGCAGGCUGAUCUCUGUGAGUUCCAGGACAGCAAGGGCUACACAAAGAAACCCUGCCUCAAAAAACAAAAAGGGAACUUGUCAUGUAUUAGUGUCUCUCGGGGUGGGCUGUUAGGUGGAGAGUGGAGGGUGACGCGCCUUUGUUCAGACUCUGAAAUCACAGUUCUUACUCACAUGUGGGUCCUGACCCCCUUGGGAGUCAAUGACUGGUUCACAGGGGUCACCCAGGAUGAUUGGAAAACUCAGAUAUUCAUGACAAUAGCAUGAAGUAGCGAAGAAAAUGAUUUUAUGGUUGGGGUCACCACAACAUGAGCUGGUAUGUAUUAAAGGGCUGCAGCAUCAGGAACCUGCUCUAGAGAAUGACCCUGGACACCACCUGGGCUGGAGCCUGGCCCAAGGCCUUAAACUAUCUGUGAUUAUUUUUAGGAAUCAGAACCUAGCUUAGCUUCUCAAGGGUCCAGGGCCCUUCUUCCCCUCAGCUAUCUCGUGUCUGAGCUGCUGCCUCUGGCCAUGGUUACGUGCUGACCUCUUAACCAUGCAAUAAAGUGUAAUGAUCUGUUUCCCAA